CUGCACCUUUUUCAUAUUCUAUAUAAACAAAUAUAUAUCUUGCUCGAAUAGAGAAAAAAAUUAAAAUUAAAUGGCCAAUAUCAGUGGUAGAUUGUUACGUACCUCUAGACAAUUGGGGUUAGGUGAGAAUAAUGGAGGCCAGAAGCAGCAGCAACGUUGUUAUUAUUUGAGGAAUAAUUGUUGUUUAAGGUUUAGAUGUUUAAACAAAGGUGGUGGUGUUGGUGGAGGAGAGAAGAAAGUAGUGGCAGCUAAGGCUGUUGGUGCUGAUGUUGUGUCUGAACCAAUGACACAAAACUGGAAGAUUUCUGAUAUAAGUUUAGUGCCAGAUACUAAUGUCUUAGAUUUGAUACUUCAAAACUUGAAAAACUUCAUCAAACAAAUGCCACAGAAAUUGCAUCACUUACAGUCGUUCAUUGAGAAGGGUAUUUUGGAUUGCCGUUUCUUCAGUCUCUUUGCAGUCAUAGGGACAUUGAUUGGUUCAUUAUUAUGCUUUGUCGAGGGUUGUUACCUAAUUGUAGAGUCAUACGUUCACUAUUUUAUCGCAAUCUCACGUAAGUCAGACCUUGGACAUGUCGUGCAGCUAUUGAUCGAAGCUAUUGAUAUGUUUCUUUUGGGGACUGCUAUGCUUACUUUUGGAAUGGGAUUGUAUGUCAUGUUUAUGGGAUCAAGAAAUAAUGUGAAAGGAGAUCAAUUGUCAUGCAAAAACUUGUUUUAUUUUCAGACACUUUCAUCAUUGAUGGGAAUGAAAUCAGUGAUGCAAGCCAAAUCAAGAAUAGGACAUGCACUCAUAAUGCUACUUCAAGUGGGAGUAUUAGAGAAAUUCAAGAAUAUACCUGUGAUUAAUGGAUUGGAUCUUGCUUGUUUUGCUGGUGCUGUUUUUGUUUCAUCCAUAUGUGUGUUCAUUCUUUCUAGGCUUGCUGUCACUACCAGUAAGGCUGGCAACUAACAUAAUGGACCUUUUGACACCUUUUUGGUGAAGUGUAUAUAUAUGUAUAGAGAGAAAAAUUGUAUAAGGAAUGCAGGACUGUAUACUAGUCAACAAUUAGGACUUCUUAUAGUUGACCUUUAUGUUAAAUAUAUUAUUCUUUCAAAUUGUAACAAUAUUUUUUUCGAAUCAGUAAAAUGAAUUUCAUUGUGUAUUA